AUGCAAUAUUGGCACCCAACGCACUGCACCCUGCAGCUGAAUUUUGUGCAGUCCGCUUCUCAGCGUGAUGACGGCCGCGCCCUUUUGUUGGCGGGUGAUGUAUACAGUGGGAGAUCUACUAUUCGAUACGUGCGUCGUUCAUUUUCCUCCGCGACAAUGCACGAGGAGUUUCCUGCACUUCGGGUGGAAAAUAAAGACGGACUACACUUUCAUGCCAUUACGGCCUCCACGCACGCAUUUCCAAAGGCCAGGCCUCUCGUUCUGCACUCCAUUAAGGUGCAUCAGCAGUACAAUGAUGCAGAAACCCUAAAGGUGCUGAAAGUUGUGGAGAGUGAAUUUGAUAAGGAUGACAACGGUGGGGCGGAAAGUGGUGAGCAACACAGCGUCACAUCAAAGGGGGGAAAUCCAUGCGGAAAGAAGGCGAAGAGCAAAGUUCACGAUGCCAAUGAGACCGAGCGCCAAGGGACUCAUGAUUCGUACGAUAAGCAGCAAGGUCGUUCAGAUCCGGGGUCGAAACAUGUCUUCUUUGAGGGAGCUGAAAGCAUGCCUGCCGGCUCCAUCGUCAAGUUGGAGAUUGCCUUUACUGGUAGCAUCCAGGGGUGGGAUCAAGGAGGCAUUUACGUGAAUGACAACCCGGAAAUUGUGAAGGCGGCGGCGGCAAAUUACGGUGUACUCCUUACCCACUUUGAAGUUGCCUUGGCCCGUCUUGCCUUUCCAUGCCCGGACGAUUCUCAGUGCUACCGCCUCAUCUGGCAUCUGCAGUCACUGCAAUUGCCCUCAAGCUACAGUGUGGUGGUGAGUAACACCGCAAAGCUGUCAGAGAAGGCGAUGGGUCAGAAGGGGACGCAACACACCUUUUUUCCUGUGGGUCCUUUACCCGCCUACGUGUUGGCCUUUGCCGCCUUUAGUGGUUCCGUGCAAGUGGUGGAGGAAACUCUUUUUCUCCGUGGGCCGCUCACACCCGGUGCGGAAGGCCGAAACUCGAGACUCAACACUGUAGAAAAAAUGGUACCGUUGCGAGUUUUGGCAGCCACAUUGAGUGGGGUGACAUUGGAUACACUCAGGCAAAUUGCCGACACCGUUCGGGAGGCUGUAAACCUCCUAGAAGAUUUUUUUGCCUCACCCCUUCCUUUGCAGCAGAUGCCCUUCUCAAAUGAGUUUGAGUGGCAGGAGGAUGUCCUUACGAUUGUUGUCGCUCCUACGAUGCCGUACAUAUCAGGCAUGGAGCAUCACUGCUGCAUUUUUCUCAAUGAGGCCAUUUACCGAUCUUUUUCCCGCGAUGGCACUGUGAGAGGGACAGUCCGGCGUCCCAUGACGGAGGCAAACGGAACACAUGAGGUCAGUAGAGUGAUGCUUAUUGUGCAUGAACUUGCACACCACUGGGUGGGGAAUACUCUUGGUAUGCCUUUUGUGCUGAAGGAGGGUAUUUGUCUUUUGCUGGAGCAGUGUUUUGGUGACGUCAUUGUCGGGAAACCAAUGCGGAGUAUAAAACCUUCGGGUGAAAAGAUGAUGUCCGACACCGCCGUACCGUCCCGCAGGGUAGUGUCGAGGAUAAAAAAGGCGUCAACACCGCCAGUGAUUGUGGUGGACACAGAGAAGGGCAAGGAGUUUACGGAGUACUCGUACCAGAAAGCACUAAACACACUGCGUGAUGUGGUGAGUGGCAUGGGAUUUAACGACUUUAAGGAACGCAUGCGACGCAUCUACCAAACAGAGGUGAUGGGAUGCAAAGAAAACAUCGGCAUGAUAGACGGAAGGGAUUGUGGGGAUUUAUUCCUAGCGCCGUACAUCACCACGAAACAAUUUUUAAAAUAUAUGGAGGUAUCGCGUGUAACUGUUUGA